AUGUCCUUUCCCAACAUCUACACCCACCGCAAGGUGGCCGACACGGCGGCACGCAGCUGCGACAUUUGUUACAAGCAGAGCACGAGCGUCCUCAUCACGCCCGAGAAACAGGUCAACCAGGCCGCCGUGGAAGCCAAGAAGAAGAAGGAGAUGGCCGAGGAGGUGGAGCGGGUUAAAAAGGAGUACGAGGAGAAACAGAGGAGAAAGAAGGAGAAGGACGCCGAAAAGGAUAAAGACAAGGACAAGGAGAAAGGCAAGGACGACAAGAAGGAUGAUGAGAAGAAGAGCGACGACAAGUCCAAGGACAAGGACAAGAACUUUCUACAGCCAGCGUCUCGAGAAGAAGAGGCAAGCUGA